GGCGGACAGCUGCGAGGGUAAGUUUGUAGCUGGGACUCAAACCCCUUCGCGGCAAUCACUUUUCGCUUUCCCUUUUGCCCUCGGCGCACUUCCACUUUGCUCCAACUUCCUCUCCACUUCCUCUUCCACCUGCACCUCCCUUCCUCAUCCUCCUCCUCUCUCUACUCUUCUUCCCUCAACCAAUUGUUGAAACCCUCACUCUUUUCCUCAUUUAUGUCCGUUGGCGUCUCACUCCCUCCUCCUCCCUCGGACCUGGCUCUCAGUAAAUCAACUUACUCCGCCAUGAUGUCGCCCUCGCCGGUCGUCGACUCUCUCGCCGCGUCCGCCACCGACUCUGCUUUAUCCGAAAAGAACAUCAACAAGCGGCCGAGCGCGGACUAUUCUGCAAACGCGAGCAAACGCGUCAAGCAGCGCGCUGCUACGUCCCCUGGUCCUUCUGAUAGUCGCGACCUUGACGCGUCGUCUGAACGCGUGACAAGUAGAGAGAAGAACAAGGCUUCCCCCCCACCCCCAACCUCCAGGAAACGUCGGUCCUCAAAAGCGCAAACCCCGUCCGACGACAGCAGCCAAUCGUCCUCCUCGACCCCAAAAAUCUCGAUCGUCUUCAAACAAAACGGGGUAGACGGCGCAGAAGACUCGUCUCCCGCGGCUGCGUCGAGUAAGAAAGCCGCAGGCACUACAACCGCCGCCGCCUCGAGAAAGCGGAACCAGGCAGCCACCAAGCCUCCUACCAAAGCAAAGACGGCGAGCAAGAAGGCUUCUGCAAAGUCGGCAAAGGGAGAAAAAGCGACGAAAGCAGACAAGAAAAAAGUGCAGACAAAGUUGACGCGGAAGAAGAAAGGCGGCGUCGUGAUUGCGUCUGCGGCCAAUGGCUCCGCAAAGAAGGCAAAGCGGCAGACAAAGCUUCGCACCAAGGUGCCUCCGCUCGAGGUCGUUGAGCCGCCCGAGUUCAACCCGAUCAUCACCGAUCUCGACGAGAACGAGCUCCAGCUGCGACUGUUUAUCCGCGAGUACGUGUUGCGGUUCGAAAAGCACUGCGGGCUGACGCUCAAGCACCUCAACAUCAUCGACGAUGUGACUGGUCCGUGGACGGAUAUGACGUUCAAGACUGUGAUUGUCGCGGUCUUAAGGAUAAUAUACUCUGACAACUACCCGGUCGUCGAUGGCGAUCUGCUGAAGAACGCAAUCAAAGAAGUCGAAAAGACGGCUUCUCACAACGAGUAUAUCUGGGAAUUGGUCAUCGAGAUCCUAGCGAACCGAAAAGGUGCGGUUUUAGACCAAUUAGCCGACGAAGACGAGUCGGCAGACGACAAGACCGCGCCACCUACGCGUGCUUCGUCUGUCGAAAGCACCGAUAACUUAGACGACACCAACGACACCAACGACAACGACAGCGGCUCGGACCUCAGCAGCAUCCCGUCCUCUCCGUCCGCGGACCGCGACUCGGUGUUCAAGACCGCGACGCCGUACCUCGAGAAACUGAACUACAUCUCCGAGCUGAUUAAGCUGUCGCUGACCGGCAGCUACAUCCGCGAGACGAUCGACAUCGACAACGAGUCCCUGCGCCGCAAGACCGCGUCAAUCACCGCAGAGCUCAAAGCCAUGUCUGAGCGCCACGCAUCCGAGCUCGCGGCAGUCAGACAGACGCUGAAAGAGGCGCCCAAGGCGCGGAAAGAGGAAUGGGAGCAGCGGUGCGAGGCGGUGAAAGCGCGGUGCGACAAGGAGAUGAACGCGAUGAAAGAGGAUCUGUUCCGGCGAAAGCGGAAGCUGUGUCUGCGGAAUAUGCCGAUCGGAAUGGACAUUUAUGGGAAUCAGUACUGGCUCUUUUCGGACCGGAUGAAGUCGCGCGUAAGCUGGGGAACAUGGAUCAUGUGCUGCAAAGCAUCCGAGCUUCCUUCACCCACAGGCACGAUCCUCUUUCCCAAGAAGUCCGACCCCAAGAAACCCGCCGAGCAAACCAAGUCUGCUGCCGACGCCACCGACGCCGAGCAAAUGCAUAUCGACCACGCCGCCGCCGCCGCCGACGACGACGACGCGAUGUCGACUUCCUCUGAGCUGUCGGAUACAUUGCUCGGCAACAACAAUAACUGGUUUGCGAUCGAGACACGCGAAGAUGCCGCGCAGCUGACGAAAUGGAUCAAAUACGCGUCCGAGCUGACUUUCAGAAGCGAGGAAAAAGCAGCCGCCAAACGCCGCGCUGACGCAAAGAAAAAAGUCAAGACGGAGGAGAAGCCCGCAGACGACGCAGCAGAGAGCUCAGAUUCGGACGACUCCGACAAAGAGCAGCUCGCAAAGCCGAUCCUAUACGACGACUUUCUGGACGGGCUGUACAGCGACAAAGGCGGGCCGCCGGGAUUGAUUUCGCCCAAGAAGCGCGCGCCGCGAAACGAGCUUGCUACGAAGGAGUCUAUCGACGCGCUGGUUCAGGAGUUGCAGCAGAUCGCGGCGUUCAUGCCAUCGAAGGAUGGGCAGAAGUGGCGACGUUGAAGAUAUACAGAGUGAAGUCUUUUGUAUGAUAGAGAAUGAAGA